AUGGCUUUUCGGCAUUUGGCCUCCGCCAAACUCAAAACAUUCUUCGUCCUUUGUGCCGCCCUUCUUCUCGUUCAUGCAAUGAUUUAUAAGGUCCCCUCUCUUUACGAGAACUUCUCCAUUGGCUCCUCGACGCUCAUCGCCGACGUCGACGCGAUGGAAGCGGUACUCGGAAACACGGCAUCCACUUCAGAUGACCCAUUUGACGUCUGGAAUUCUACGUUUUCACCUAUUUCCGAAGUGAAUCAAACCGCUUUCAUGGAAGACAUCCGCCCGAUUCUCUUCGGCGAUGCGAACGAAACGCGUCCCCACUGCAACCAGACACCGCCACAUCUCGUCGGACCGAUUCGUGUAUUUUUGGAUGAGCCAGACUUUGCGACACUCGAAAAAAUCUAUCCGGAAACGCAUCCUGGAGGGCAUGGAAUUCCGACAGAAUGCGUCGCACGCCACCGUGUAGCCAUCAUUGUACCGUAUCGAGAUAGAGAGGCGCAUUUGCGAAUCAUGCUGCACAAUUUGCAUUCCCUGCUAGCCAAACAACAAUUGGAUUAUGCAAUUUUCGUUGUAGAACAAGUCGCAAAUCAGACAUUCAAUCGCGGAAAGCUGAUGAACGUUGGCUACGAUGUGGCGUCUCGUCUCUACCCAUGGCAAUGUUUCAUUUUCCAUGACGUGGAUUUGUUACCAGAAGAUGACCGUAAUCUCUACACGUGUCCCAUACAGCCAAGGCAUAUGAGCGUCGCUAUCGACAAGUUUCACUAUAAACUUCCCUACUCGGCGAUCUUCGGAGGAAUCAGUGCUCUAACUCAGGAACACGUCAAAGCCAUCAACGGAUUCUCGAACGACUUCUGGGGAUGGGGCGGGGAGGACGAUGAUUUGGCGACGAGAACAUCGCAGGCCGGACUGAAAGUUUCCAGAUAUCCAGCACAAAUUGCCAGAUACAAAAUGAUAAAACACUCGACAGAAGCCACGAAUCCAGUCAAUAAAUGCCGCUACAAAAUCAUGGGUCAAACAAAGCGUCGCUGGAAAACCGACGGCCUCAGCUCGCUGAAAUACAAAUUAGUCAAAUUGGAACUUAAACCACUGUACACGAGAGCCGUCGUUGAUCUACUGGAAAAAGAGUGCCGACGAGAGCUUCGGCGGGAUUUUCCAACGUGUUUCUAA